GCGAGGGGCCGGCACACCCCGCACCCGCCCCGCUCGCAGGGCGGGCUGGCGGGCGGCAGGCAGCGGCGGGAGGGCUGCGGGCCGGCUGGGCAGCGGGUAGCUCCGGGCCGGGCCGGGCCGUGCCCCGGCGCCGCGGGUGGAGCGGGGAGCUGGAGGGCAGCAAAGGGGUGCGGGCUCCUCCAGCUCUGCGCCGGCACACGCCUGGGGAAACGGGUGGCGUGAAGAGACCCCCGGAGGCCCGGCGACUGGGUCGAGCUUGGCACCGCUCUGAAGGGCUGCGAAGCCGAUGGCUGAAUCAGAACCUCAGGAAGAAAGCUAUGAUGACAUGGUAAAGAUGGUGGAGGACCUAAACAGGAACUUGGAAAAAGUUCUGGAGGAAAUGGAAAAACUAACAGUGCAGGCAACCUGGAUGGCAUAUGACAUGGUAAUCAUACGUACCAAUCCUGACCUGACCAACUCCAUGAGGCAUUUGGAAGAUGCCUUCCUGCAUUGCAAAGAAGAGAUGGAGAAGAAAUGGGAAGAGGUGCUAGGUGAAUCUAAAGAUGAAGAGCAAAAAAAGAAAUUUAAUUGAGUCAUGCUGGCAGAACUACAUCCUUUGGAAAAUCACUUCAGUCUUUUUAUUUUCCUGCCCUGGAGGUUUCACAGGCACUGGAAAAUGGAUUUGCUUUCAUCUUACUAAAAACUACUUAUGUGUAUACAUCUGUGGAAGUACUUUAAUGAGAUUACAUAUAUAUAUAUAUUUCUAUUGUUGAAGGUAAAAGGUAAUAAUGUGUCUAGUUUUAUUAUGCUUAUCAGUAACCCUUGUAGUGUGUGUGAACAGACAACUUACAUGCUUUCUGUGCCUUUCUUCCGGAAAGACCAUACUCUCUUCAUCACCCAUAUAUGUGGAAUCCUUAUGACACCUUAGCA